AGAACAAGACAUUGAAAGUUCUUCUUCAUUAACUUCGAUUUUCUGAUUGAUUUGUGAAACAAAAGGAAAAAGAAAAGAAAUUAAUAUUAAAUAAUAGUCGGUUUUGUGAACUGAAUAACUGAACUGUCUGCCUACAUUAAAGACAAAGAGACAUGUUGGGUUUAGUGGAACUUUUUAUAUUUAUGUGCAUUUUCGGAUACAUCAUCCGCAAGAAUGGCACAAGUACAAUGAUUGACAUCAUCACAACUCGUUUUCAUGAUGCAUAUUCAAGAAUCAUCCCACAAGAUUUUAAACGACAACAAAAUGGCAGAAUUAUCCGUGAACAAAAUAUUGACUUACUCAAAAGGCCAAGUGACGAACAACAUAAAAGAUUUCCAACAAAUGAGGUGAAAAGUUCUCCAAUUUGCAAUGGAGAUCAGCAGAGCAUAUCGGAACGAAGAACAUCUCUCCUUCCAUCACAUGGAUUAAUUUGUCAAGAUUGUUCGAGAAACUUAGAUUGUAAACCAGAAGAGAAUAUCGUUCGUCGAGCACUUGAAGCUGUCGAUAUUCUUAAAGUAACACAACAUGCUUCAACAGAAAGCAAAUAUGAUUGGGGCACCUACUGCCCACAUUUGGCACAAAACCUCAGGCUUAAGAAAUAUGAAUAUAAGCCCAUCUUUGAUAAAGUCAUUAAACAUAAACAUGUCAGAGAGGAGAUUGAGAGGAUAGCAAAGAAUGCGACUAAGGAAAGUAAUGUAAACUUUGAAGAUGAAGAUGCAUAUUACUCCGAGCUUUUGAAAACAUACACAAAAAAAGCCCACCAAUCGCUGAUGCAAAUGCGAUGUACAUUAUCAGAUAAACUCUUAAGACUGACUUCCUAUGUGCUUUACAAACUUCUUCCACUCUUCCUUGACGGUGUGGUCAAUGACCCAGCUCAAAUAGAGAUGAUUAAAGAAGCACAAAAGAAAAUGCCGAAAACACCGCUUGUCUUUCUUCCCCUUCACCGAAGUCACUUGGAUUACAUUUUAAUUACGUUCAUUUUGUUGAACAACGAUAUUCAGUGCCCUCAAGUUGCCGCUGGUGACAACUUAAACAUUCCGGUUUUCGGUUAUCUUCUACGUGGUCUUGGUGCAUUCUAUAUCAAACGAAAAAUUGAUUUGCCCGAUGGAAAGAAAGAUUAUAUUUAUAGAAGUCUGUUGCAAGCUUACCUUCAGGAGAGUAUCAUUGCGGGACAUAAUGUUGAAUUUUUUAUCGAAGGCGGACGUACGAGAACAGGAAAACCAAAUUUGCCUAAGAGUGGAAUUCUAUCAGUCAUUAUUGAAGCGUUCAUCGAUGGGUUAAUUGAUGAUGCAAUAUUAGUUCCGGUCUCAGUGAACUACGAAAAGCUUGUCGAUGGACAUUUUGUAAAUGAACAAAUGGGAACUCCAAAGAAAAUGGAAUCAUUUCGAACUGCUGUUUCAUCGAUUUGGAAGAUUCUCAAUGACAAAUACGGUUUGAUGAGAAUCGAUUUCAAUGAACCAUUCUCAUUGAAAGAACUCGUCAAGUCGUUUAAAAAACGACAGGAAGAAGAAGUUCCAAGACCGCUUCCUUCAGCUCGAACAUUAUUAACGGGCCCGUCAGUGUCAUCAAUAAAUGGAAUUGAAGUUGUCGAUAAACAUCGUGUUCUUGUCGACAAUAUCGCGCGUCAUGUCGUCUUCGACAGUUCAAGCACAACUUGUGUCAUGUCAACCAACAUUGUUGCCUUUUUACUUCUGAAUAAAUUUAGAAAUGGUUGCACAAUGAGAGAACUUUCUUAUGCUUUAGACGAGCUUAAACAACAGAUUGGCAACGACAGGGAUUUUGAGUUUAGAGGUGACACGGAAUGUGUAAUAGAGAGAGCUGUAAUGCUUCUCGGUUCUAGUCUCAUACAACGAAAGGUGCAAUCAAACGGUGAAGUUUUUAUCGCACCAGUUCUCAAUGUUCCCAACGUCAUCGAGACAGCAUAUUAUUCAAACACAUUUGUUCCAUAUUUUGCAUUAGACGCAGUUGUUACCACAACCGUAGCUACCGUCAAUGAAAAAACUCAAAUGGGUUUAAAUGAUGUCAUUGACAUUGCCUCGCUUCUUUGUGAUAUUUUACGUUACGAGUUUAUUUUCUACAAGCCAUGUCAAGACUUUUCCGAUGAGGUUAAAAAAUCGGUGGUGCGUUUGUGUAAUUUAGGGAUUUUGUCAAAUGUAAACAACAGCGUGACAAUGAACUUCAAACCAUCACAGACAUUACUUUCAACACUCGCUCCAUUUACUAUAUCGUAUUCAUUGGUGGCGGAAUGUCUCGUAAUUCUUCUUCACGAGUCAAUUGUGUCAGAACGUGAUUUCAUCAAAAUUUGUCUCAGUCAUAUCCACAGGAAAGUUGAUAAAGGCGAUACAACAUAUGGUGAGAGUUUAUCCACAGAUUCAAUCAAGAACUGCUUAAAGGUCCUUGAACGGUGGGCUGUGCUUGACACGGAAUUACAAAAGGGAUCAAAAAUGUUAUCAUUGAAUCCUCUAUACAACUCAACAACCCAAGUUCAAAGUGUUAUUGAUAAAUUUGAAAAAUUUGUGAUUUUGAAGUGAAAUUAGUUUAUAAACCAUAUCAUCAUAAAUCAUAUUACACACAUGCGUUGUGAUGAAAUAAAAAUGUUAUCCUAGAGACUUGUACAUUAAUCUUUUGGCAUCGACAUGCAUGCAUAAAUUAUGUACCUACACAAAAAAAAUUAAAUUUGUUGAUGUUACUUGAAUAGAAAAAUUUUAAAUAAAACAUAGAAAUGAAACCUUAAAAUAUAA